AAUUGUUUUCAGGUUAUGAUGAAGUUGGUGUAAGCCUGUCGAAAUGCAGCGCGCAGCUUUGUCGUCUGGAGGCGCAGUGACGCGCCUUCUCAGGAAAGGCACGUUUUCGUGUCACAAUGUGAAUCUUAGUCUUUCCAAUCAAAGACUAACUACUACAAUUCUGUCUAUGAAAAGAUUGAAAUCCAGUCUCACUCAAGAACCAUUUUUAAGUGGAAAUAGCAGCAACUAUGUUGAAGAGAUGUACUAUUCUUGGCUUGUUGACCCAAAAAGUGUUCAUGCAUCAUGGAACGCUUACUUCACAAAUUUGAAGAAUGACCAGCCUUCUGCCUAUAUGUCUCCCCCUGAGCUGGAAACGAGUCUUCGAUCGUAUCAAGAGGGUUCUCAAGUUGUUAGUAGUCAGACUGUGCCUGAUGAAUACAUUGCUGAUAAUAUCAAAGUACAGCAAUUGAUCGCAGCCUACAGGUCUCUGGGACAUACUACGGCUAAUUUGGAUCCAUUGGGUAUAAACGACGCAGAUUUAGAUUCGAAUCUACACAAAACCCUAUCUGUGGAACACUACCGAUUCAAUGAUCCAAAUGUGACUGUGAAAAUACCACCGGGUACUCUUUUUUCCGGCAAAGGUGGUGAAUAUGAGUUGGGAUACUUGGUAGACCGAUUGAAGGAAGUCUACACCGGCACCAUUGGAAUCGAGUACGUCCACCUGCGGGAUCCAGAGCAAGUAGAAUGGCUUAGGAACCGAUUUGAAAACCCAGACCUGAGGAAAUUCUCCAAAUCUGACAAACGACUGAUAAUUGAGAGACUGAUUCGCUCGCAGAGAUUUGAGGAGUUCCUGGCGAAGAGAUACCCUUCUGAGAAAAGGUUUGGGCUGGAAGGGUGUGAAGUGUUGAUCCCCGGAUUGAAAAUAAUCAUCGAUAAGGCGAAUGAACUGGGCGCGGAUACCUUCAUUUUUGGCAUGCCUCACAGAGGAAGACUGAACGUACUGGCUAAUGUUGCACGCAAACCCCUCAACGAAAUUCUCAGUCAGUUCAACUCCGAUUUGAGCCCAGAGGAUGAGGGAGCGGCGGACGUGAAGUACCACCUGGGAGUGUGUCAGGAGAGACUGAACCACGUGACCAGUAAGAAUGUGAAGAUCAUGGUGUGUGCGAACCCGUCUCACUUGGAGGCAGUGGACCCAGUCGCUCUGGGCAAGACUAGGGCAGAACAGUACUACAAUGGAGAUCACUCGGGGCGGCAGAGCAUGGCCAUUCUGAUCCACGGAGACGCCGCCUUCUCCGGACAAGGAGUGGUGUUCGAGUCAUUCCACAUGAAUGAACUGCCCUCAUACACUACCCAUGGUACCAUCCACGUGGUAGUGAACAAUCAGAUUGGGUUCACAACCGACCCUCGCUUCUCGAGGUCCUCGCCUUACUGUACAGACGUGGCCAAGGUCACAGGGGCGCCUAUAUUCCACGUGAAUGGAGAUGACCCGGAAGCUGUGAUGCACUGUUGCAAUGUGGCAGCUGAGUUCAGACAGAAGUUCGGACAAGACUGUGUGAUAGACAUAGUGUGCUACAGGAAGAACGGACACAACGAGACAGAUGAGCCCUCGUUCACACAGCCGCUCAUGUACAAGAAGAUACGCUCCCACAAACCAGUGCUGCAGCAAUACCUGGAGAAGUGUGUUGGAGAGGGAGUGAUGACGAAGGAGGAGUUCAAGGAGCAGAAGCAGAAGUACGACCAAAUCUGCGAGAACGCAUACAUGGAGUCCACCAAGAACCCAGUCUAUAAGAUCUCAUCCUGGCUUGACUCACCCUGGAACAACUUCUUCAAGGAUGGACCACUUGUAUACGAGAGAACAGGUGUGGACGAAGAGACCCUAAAACACGUAGGCACAAUGCUGUCUACGAUCAAAGACGACACGUUCAAGUCCCACGCGGGUAUCAAGCGAACCUUGAAGAAGCGACUGCAGAUGGUGGAGAACAGAGAGAUAGACUGGGCUCUUGGGGAGGGCAUGGCAUUUGGGACCCUCCUGAAGGAGGGCGUCCAUGUGAGACUGUCGGGACAGGAUGUUGAGAGAGGCACCUUCUCACAUAGACACCACGUGCUGCAUGAUCAAAUUGUGGAUAAGAAGACAUACGUCCAGCUCAACAGACUCUAUCCUGAUCAGGCACUCUACACAGUGUGCAACAGCUCAUUGAGUGAGUUUGGAGUGUUGGGAUUUGAGUUGGGCUUCAGUCUGGCCAACCCCAAUGCACUAGUCAUCUGGGAGGCACAAUUCGGAGACUUCUCAAACACCGCCCAGUGCAUCAUUGACCAAUUUAUUGCCUCUGGUCAGUCCAAGUGGUACCGUCAAUCUGGGCUCGUGAUGUUACUUCCUCACGGCAUGGAAGGAAUGGGCCCUGAACACUCCAGUGCUCGACCGGAAAGGUUUCUCCAACUGUGCAGUGACGAUCCAGAUGUAUUUCCCAAAUACGCUCAUCACGAAUUCACAGUGAAGCAGUUACAAGACAUCAACAUGAUUGUUGUGAAUUGCACCACACCUGCUAAUUUCUUCCACGCUCUGAGACGCCAGAUCAAGUUGCCAUUCAGGAAACCCCUGAUAGUGAUGACUCCCAAAUCUCUGCUUCGACUGGACGAUGCUAGAUCGAACUUCGACGAAAUCAGAGAGGGGACCAAAUUCCAGAGAGUCUACCCCGAAAUCGGAUUGCCAAAAGAGAAUGCAGAAAAUGUGAAGAAGCUCAUUUUUUGCUCUGGGAAAAUUUACUACGACAUCAAGAAGGAAAUCACGAAGACGAACAAAGAUUACGAAAUUGCUGUCGCGCGUGUGGAACAGAUCAGCCCGUUUCCGUUUGACAGGGUCCAGCAAGAAGUGGAAAACUUCCCAAAUGCUAAAAUAUAUUGGGCACAGGAGGAGCACAAAAAUGCGGGCGCAUUUGAGUACGUCAGACCAAGAUUUCUUACUGCUAUGGGUAACAAGAAGCCGAUCGGCUACAUUGGCCGAAAAGUGUCCCCCUCGCCUGCGUCAGGGUCGAAAGCGAUGCAUAAGAAAGAACAGUAUGCGCUCAUGAAUGAAGUAGUAUCGCUUGCCAAUAUUAACGAAGAGUAGAAUUAUGAACUUGACAAAACUGAACUUUACAAACUGAGACUGAUACGCUCAAUGUUCUUAGCAUUGCAGCUACUUAAUUAGAUGCAAUGUAAACUUGCGUAUGAAAUUUAUACAAAAAGUCUCGCUACGUUGGGGGUGGCAAAUCAAGAUUGAAGUUGCUUGAAAUAAAUUGCAUUUUAUUAAUCAAAUAGAAUUAAAAUUAACAUUUA